AUGCUCAGUAUCAUUCCAGUUAUUCAGAAGGAACUAGCUACCGUAACACCACACGAAAAGUUUCGUUUAUGGAUGACAACCGAGGAGGAGAACAAGUUCCCAGCAAUAAUGUUGCAGCGCAGUCUGAAAGUCACCUUUGAACCACCUCCAGGAAUUCGGAACAAUCUACUUCGAACGUAUUCGCAAAUCGACGACGUGAGACGGUCAAUCAUCACCAAUCAGGCCAUAUUUGUUUUGGCUUGGUUGCAUGCGUUGCUCCAGGAAAGGCGAACAUUUAUUCACAGAGCAUGGACGAAAUUCUACGAGUUCAGCAGUGCUGAUGUACGUGGUGGCGCGUAUUCUUGUGGAAAGCCUCAUCAAAGAAUCAAGUGA